UCUUAUGAGCAAACAAGCGACUUGGCAAAGAUGAACUUUGAAGAGCUCCUGCAAGAAGCUGGAGGCUUUGGGCAAUUCCAGAUGUUAACACUGCUUCUGCUCUGCCUUCCAAGGCUCUUCCUCCCUUUGCAUUUCCUGCUGCAUAACUUCCUAGCAGCCAUACCAGGACAUCACUGCGCCAUCCCACAUCAGCACCAGUUUGCCAACCUUACUGAAGAAGAGGUUCUACUCAUCAACAUUCCAAGGGAUUUUAAUGGUGCUUUCAGCUCCUGUGAGAUGUUUUCUGAACCUCAGUUUCGCCUCCUGCUUAACUCUUCCCAUGAAUUGACCAACGUAUCUGUCCAGAGCUGCCAGUAUGGAUGGAUCUAUGAUCAGUCCCAAUUCAUUUCCACUAUAGCCACCCAGUGGGAUUUGGUUUGUGAGCAUAAAAGCUUGAACCAAGCAACUGCUACCUUCUUCUUCUUCGGGGUGAUGCUCGGGGCUGUGAUCUUUGGAUACCUGUCAGACAGGUUUGGUCGGAAGAGCAUGCUCCUGGUGUCCUACUUGGGCACCCUCAUCUUUGGGGUGCUGAGUGCGGCCUCAGAUUCCUAUAGUAUGUUGGCAGUGACACGGACACUGACGGGGGUGUUUAUCUGUGGGCUCUCCAUCAUCGUAAUUCCACUGGGCAUGGAGUGGGUGGAUAUAGAACAUCGUGCCAUGUCAGGGGUUAUAACCAGUCUCUUCUGGAGUUUUGGAAAUAUGCUUCUUGCUCUGAUUGCCUACUUGGUGCGGGAUUGGUCCAGGCUGCUUCUCACCACCUCUCUUCCUUGUAUAGUGGGCAUCAUCUCUAUAUGGUGGCUCUCAGAAUCUGCCAGGUGGUUGUUGAUUAAAGGGAAGCUGAAACAAGCUCACAGUCAUUUGAAAAAGUGUGCCAGAAUGAACAGAAGGAAGGAGUUUGCUGACAAAAUAAAUCCUGAGAUCUUACUCAAGACUGCAGCAGCAAUAGCACAGAAGUCAGAUGGGAAUUAUUCCUACAUCAGUCUUCUCCGAACGCCAGUGCUGAGAAAGAUUUCCUUUUGCUUGGGAGCUGUGUGGUUUGGAGCAGCUUUCUCCUAUUAUAGCAUAAGCAUGAACAUCACUGAUUUUGGCCUGGGAAUGUACAUGACCCAGUUUGUCUUUGGGCUCAUUGAGAUUCCUGCCAAGCUCCUUGUUUUUGUUCUGGUGAAUCGAGUUGGACGAAGAGGGAGCCAAGCCUGGUCCCUCAUCCUAACUGGAUUAUUUAUAGGAAUCAACAUUAUCAUCUCAACAUCACUGGGGACUUUGCGCUUGGUGGUGGCCAUCAUAGGCAAAGGAUUUUCUGAAGCCGCCUUCACUACAGUCUUCUUGUAUUCUUCAGAACUCUAUCCCACCAUCCUUAGACAGAAGGGACAAGGAUAUUGCUCCUUCCUGGCACGUCUAGGAGGGUCUGUGGCUCCGCUUGUCUUCCUGUUGAAUAGCAUCUGGAAGCCUCUGCCCCAAGUGGCAUCUUUUGCCAUAGCAGUGCUUUGUGGUUCAUCAGCCUUCUUCCUCCCAGAGACACUAGGCAUCCAUCUGCCGGAAACUAUAGAGGACAUGGAAAAACUAAGGUGUGAAUGA